UCUACAGCAUCCAAGCUUGAACUUUCUUUCUACUUCUUCCUUCUUCAAUUCGUCCUUUGUUAUCAUUCUCUCCUAUCAGUUACGAAACACACCAAAAAUCUAUUUCGUUAUUAUUCUCUUACAAAAAUACAUAAUCCAAUAUCAUCAAAAAUGUCUUGCCUAGAGAUAUAUAACAAAGAUAUGAUGAAGAAGAAAGAAGGACAAGAAGAAGAAGAAACAAGAGAUGGAACUGUGGAUUAUUAUGGUCGUCCCUCUAUCCGUUCCAACUCAGGCAAAUGGGUUGCUGGCAUCAUCAUUCUCGUGAACCAGGGGUUGGCGACGCUGGCAUUCUUUGGAGUUGGAGUGAAUCUAGUGCUGUUCCUAACUCGCGUUUUGCAGCAGAACAACGCAGACGCAGCCAACAACGUUAGCAAAUGGACAGGAACUGUUUACAUCUUCUCGUUGGUCGGAGCGUUCCUCAGCGAUUCUUACUGGGGUCGCUACAAGACCUGUGCUAUCUUCCAAGUCAUUUUUGUCAUCGGACUUUCAUCGCUCUCGCUAUCAUCGUACAUGUUCUUGAUCAGACCGAGAGGUUGCGGGGAUGAAGUCACACCUUGCGGUACACAUUCAACGAUGGAGAUCACAAUGUUCUACCUAUCAAUCUACUUGAUCGCAUUGGGGAACGGCGGUUACCAACCGAACAUUGCAACUUUCGGAGCUGAUCAGUUCGACGAGGAGCAUCCUAAAGAAGGGUACUCAAAGAUCGCCUUCUUCAGCUACUUCUACCUUGCUUUAAACCUCGGCUCGCUCUUUUCGAACACAAUCUUGGGAUACUUUGAAGAUGAGGGGAUGUGGGCACUCGGGUUUUGGGCGUCCACCGGCUCUGCCAUCUUGGCUUUGAUUCUUUUCCUCGUUGGAACACCGAGAUACCGUAACUUCAAGCCUACGGGGAACCCUCUUUCGAGGUUUUGCCAAGUUUUGGUGGCUGCAACUAAGAAAUCAUCUAUGGAGGCGCCGUCUAGAGGGAGAGAGGAGAUGUAUGAUGAAGAUAGACAAGGAAAGAAUGCUUCAGGAGAUACAGGGAGGAGGAUAGUUCACACAGAUGAAUUCAAGUUCUUGGACAGGGCAGCGUACAUCACAGCAAGAGAUCUUGAUGACAAGAAACAAGGCGGAGUGAAUCCGUGGAGGCUUUGUCCAGUGACACAAGUUGAGGAAGUCAAGUGUAUUCUUAGACUGAUGCCGAUUUGGCUCUGCACUAUCAUCUACUCGGUGGUCUUCACUCAGAUGGCCUCUCUGUUUGUGGAGCAAGGCGCAGCGAUGAAGACAACUGUCUCGGAUUUCAAAAUCCCUCCGGCAAGUAUGUCCAGCUUCGACAUCCUUAGCGUCGCCUUGUUCAUAUUCAUAUACCGCAGAGUUCUGGAGCCACUAGCCAACAGAUUCAAGAAGAAGGAUGGAACAAAGGGAAUCACCGAGCUUCACAGGAUGGGCAUCGGUCUUGUGAUUGCUAUCUUAGCUAUGGUUGCAGCUGGGGUUGUUGAAUGCUUUAGACUUAAAUACGCAGACAAGAGUUGUACUCACUGUGAUGGCUCAAGCUCACUAAGCAUCUUCUGGCAGGUUCCACAAUACUCGCUGAUCGGAGCAUCAGAAGUGUUCAUGUACGUUGGUCAGCUUGAGUUCUUCAACGCGCAGACACCAGACGGGCUAAAGAGCUUCGGGAGCGCUCUGUGCAUGAUGUCAAUGUCGAUGGGGAACUUUGUGAGUAGCUUGUUGGUGACAAUGGUGGUGAAGAUCUCUACAGAGGAUCACAUGCCUGGUUGGAUUCCAAGGAACCUCAACAAAGGUCACUUGGACAGAUUCUAUUUCUUGCUAGCUGCAUUGACCAGCAUUGACCUGGUGGUGUACAUUGCAUGUGCAAGGUGGUACAAAUGUAUAAAACUAGAAGCCAAAGAUGAGAUGCAAGACAUGAUGAGCGAUGAUGAAAAUGAUACCGACAGUGAUGACUACGAGGAGCCAAUGAAGGAUUCUAGAGUCUAACUACAUGUGUGUUUGGUUUUCGUUUUUUUUUUUUGUUUUCGGGUGUUGUAACAAA